AGCUGACCUAUCGUGGCGUGUUGAAGUAGAGGAUGUGGCAGUAAAAUCAAGUUUGUUAUGUUUUUCUUUCACAACUUAAGUUAUGUAAUUAACGAUUUCACUGGCGCAAGUGAUCAGGAAAGUCAGUUGUAGGUUUUCAAGAGACGGCUGAGCAAAAUGGAAGAACGUCGAUUAAGCAGAGAUUCUAACCUCGACCAUCAAACUCCUUCGAUGCUGAGAAUUGUUUUCGAGUAAGCUCAUUGUUGUGCGAGUUAAAGUUCAAUACUUCACUGCAACUCCCGUCAUGUGGGAAAAAUAACUCAAAUGUCUCUUCCGAUGCUUCACGGACUCUGUGAGAUGGCGUGAGGAUGGGACGGGGUGUUGUCGAAAGUGGCUUCAGCCCCGGAGGCUGAUGCCCCCCUCCAUCGCCCCGUCAGGAUGCACAUAGCCUCGGUGGGCGUCAGUAAGGUCUGCUUUCUGUUUUCCCUUGCGUUCUGUGGCCUCCUGCUGAUGCUCAUCCCGGCCCUUCAGCCCACGACUCACCACGUGGACCUGCCACAGCCGCGACCACAGAUUAAGACCUCACCAAACACUUUACAGGAAAGCUUUGAGAGCCCUGCUAGGGGGACAGUUUGGACUACAGUGUUGAAUACAAACUCAAGAGGGCUGGACGGUACCAUCGAGACUGAACAUGGAAAUGACAACUACAGGGAGACAUACUCGGAAAAAAACUCCAAUAUAGUUUCCAUCCCUGGAGGACAAGACGGUAUUCUCCCAGGUUUCGCAUCACAUGACCUGUUGGAAUUAAAGGACAUUUUUAUUGCCGUGAAGACUACCAGGAAGUACCACAAGUCCAGACUGGAGCUGCUAAUACAAACCUGGAUAUCACAGGCUAAAGAACAGACUUACAUAUUCACAGACGGUGAUGACAAAGAACUGCGAAUGAGAACAGGUGCAAACAUCAUCAACACUAACUGCUCAGCGGCUCACACUCGACAGGCUCUGUGCUGCAAGAUGUCUGUCGAGUACGACAAAUUCAUUGAGUCUAAGAAGAAGUGGUUCUGCCAUGUGGAUGACGAUAACUAUGUGAUCCUGCCUAGCCUUUUGCGGCUGCUCUCUUCUUACCAUCACAGCCAGGAUGUGUACCUCGGUCGGCCCAGUCUGGACCACCCCAUAGAAGCUGCAGAGAGAGUCAAGACUGAUGGUUUGGUAUCAGUCAAGUUCUGGUUUGCAACGGGUGGCGCAGGUUUCUGCAUCAGCCGAGGUCUGGGACUGAAAAUGAGCCCAUGGGCCAGUUUGGGGAAUUUCAUCAGUACAGCAGAGAAGAUCCGCCUCCCAGACGAUUGCACCAUUGGCUACAUUAUCGAAGCUCUGCUGGAGGUCACCUUAAUACACACACACCUCUUCCACUCCCACCUGGAGAAUCUCCAGAAGCUGCCCACAGACAAUGUUUUGGAACAGGUGACACUCAGCUAUGGAGGAUAUGAGAACAGACGGAAUGUGGUCAGCAUUGUUGCAGGCUUUUCACUGGCUGAAGACCCAACAAGGUUUAAAACAGUCCACUGCCUUCUAUACCCCGAUACUGACUGGUGUCCAAAGCUUAAAUCGAAAAACUGACAACCAGCUCUUAGAACCCGCAAAGUUGCCAUCCUUUGCCUGGCUCAAGCUACCUUUAGCUGUGAAUUAUUAACAACCCAUGCUUGCAUUCAAGUCCUACCUCACGAGUCAUUUAGGGUGUUGUGGUCUCAACACUAGGGGUGUCAGGAGGCACCCAACACACGAGACGAGACGAUGCACGAAAUUGGGUCCACGAGACGAGAUUUUAACAUUAAUUUCAAGAAAAGUGCAAUGAAAAAAUAUGACUGGACAAACAAACCUUUUUGUUGAACCGUGUCACAAAACAAUGCAGGUGCGUUUAGAAAUGUUUAUUGUCAAAAAUAACACAAACGGAAUAAUAUAUCGUAAUAACAUAUCAUAAUACUGCAGUAUUCCCUAAUAUGUCAAAGUUGUGGAAUUGGCGUUUGUGACGAAGUUUUUCUCACAGGCAGUUCGUACUGCCUGUCAAAAGUUUGCAGCAUUUCUUGAAAUGCUGGCUUUUCAAAUGUAUUAAAGAGCAGCAUCUCUUUAACGAUGACUUUCUGUGAAUGCACACCAUUUUGAGCUGUUCCGUUUGUAUUUACAGUACUUUGCCGACCAAACGUCUCAGUAAACGUUGACUGUCGGGACGAAAGCCCUGCAUCUCGAUGUGUUUUUUUUUUGUUUCCCAGAUGAGAAAACUGGGUCGGGUGAAUAUGUUUGAGGUGGGCAAGUUUGUUUUGUUGCCUUUUAUGUUGCUACCACUUUCAAAUAAAUUCGGCAUACUAGCUCGUUCGUGUUGAUGGGCUCACCUUGCUCAUUAUUAAUAGUCUCACACGGGGGCUGCGCGUUUGGCAUUGCAAGCAUUGGUUUCCCUACUAACUUCUACUAUGUUGCCUUGCAUUGCUCCUCAUGAAGCUCCACCCUUUUACUGUGUGGUCCCGCCUCCCCUAACAGAGACAAAGCGACUGUAUGACUGACAAGAGAUCUCACUCUGUUCACCAGUGUUCUAUGGAACGCUGUUGAUCUACGAAGCGCCUAGAUGCUCAACCACUGCAACUCUUCCUUGUUUAGAGGCAAAAUUGGCAAAAAAAAAAAACACCGGCAAAAUGAUCAAGUUCAUUUUCAUUUAUCAUGUGAUUAAUUCAUGAUCGCAAGACAGUUUUAAUCUUGCGAGAUCUCGUGACACCCCUACUGUACCCCUUUUAGGGUAUGCUCGCACUAGGCCAUUGGAACCGUGCUAGGCUUAAUCCAGAUUCCUCCUCCUUCCCCCUGGCUUUCUGCAAUUUUCCUGAUUUUUGUGGAUUAUUUCCUACUUUAUUUAGAGCCCUUGCGUGUAUUUCCAUAGUGCAAGGUAGCUGUCAUUUAUACCUUGCAUGAAGUUUAUGACUUGUGUGGCUGUACUCGCGAGUGUGGGUGUGUUUUGACUCUUUUGACAUGCGAGUGAGUGUGUCUCAGGUAUGACUUUGUGCAUUAUUAUGGAGACUUUCUAUAGAUUUCUCUUAUGAACGUGACGGCUAUCGUACAAUUAGCGAGGAACGAUCACAUUAUAGUCAUAAUUGUAAAGCUGUGGCUUUACUUGCGUGCGUGAUGUGUUUGUGAAGGUGUUGGUCCUAUCCCGACCCUCCAAAAAUGUAAUCUUGGGCGAAAGGCUGGCUUCCAUUGGUUCCAAACAGUGUUCUAAAUAUUGUCACAAACGUACAUAUCAUAAUCUACCUGAUCCCGCAAUUACUGCUUUGGGGUUUUUUUGCACUAUUUUGUCUGUUUUUACAUCUGUAUUGUUUGUGCUAUAAUGUGUGAACGUCUCUUUGGGUUGGCUUUUGGGUUUCAAAGAAUCUUCAAAAUCCCAUCAUGACUCUUGCCAACCACUGUUUUAGUUGAUUUGAUGCUAUAAUUUGUCAUUUUUACUUGUGCAUCUUAAUUACCAAAAUACACAUUGCAUGUUGUCCGUAGUAAAAUGGAUAAAUGUGUUAGUGUGCUUAUAUUAUUUAAGUACCUCUAAGCCAAAGUCCAGUGUAAUGGUUGUUAAAGUCCCUAUUAACCACAGCCAAGUACAGUAUAGCUUUUUUGUAGUUUUAUUUUGCACAGAAUCCCAAAUCCAAAUGAUAUGUGUCACUGCAGGUCAGUGUUUGGGAUUGUGAUGUGUAAACUCUUUCUCAAUUAUGUGGUGUGUAGUUUAGUAAAGAAUAAAACAUU